AUGAGUCUGGCGAAUUCGGAGUGUGUCGUGAAGGGCAAGAAGCCCAUCUGCAUGUGCUACGUGACUGUUUGCAAGGUCAACAGGUCUGGUAUAGGUACACGUGGGGGUCUUGCUCGAAAUCAUCAGUGGAAAUUCCUACGUGGAUCUGCGUUUACUGCUGAAGCUUUGGGGAUUCUCUGGGCUUUGAAACUGGCUUGGGAAUGGGGUAUGAGGAACAUCAUGGUGGAAAGUGACUGCCAGGAGGUGGUGGAUGCUAUCCAAGAUCAGGAUCUGGUGGUCGUGAAUUGGGACGUUGCUGUCCUAAAUGAGAUUAGAAGUGAUACGACACCAGUGCUUCAUAAGAUUAGAUGCUCGUUCGAACGUGAUUGGGAUGCUGCAGCGAUCUUGUGCGACCGUGAAACCAACAUGGCAGCGGAUGCUCUGGCCAAUGAAGCACGUACCUUUUCGUCGGAGUUGGUGAUUCUGAAUUCGCCGCCGAACUUGCUUGUGGGUAGUGGAAGACCAUUCUGA